UGUCAGGGUCGAUGCAUCUGUGUGGGAGUUGAUGGGAGUUCGUUUGGACGGUCUGAUUCCUGCAGCCAUACUGCCACUACUACUAACCAUGGUAUUUUACCUCGGACCCCUGGUUCAUUCUGCGAUAGACAACCCCGAAGGCUUCACUGGGGAACUGCAGUCUGCACUAGAUGUUCAGUCAUGGAGGUUGUGUGUAGGUGAUGCAGUGUGGCUCAGGAACCAGGUGGUGGCACCAGUGACAGAGGAGCUGGUGUUCAGGGGGGCCAUGCUGCCCAUGCUGGUGUCCUGCACUGGACCCACAGCUGCCAUCUUUAUCGCUCCCCUGUUCUUCGGUGUUGCCCAUUUCCACCAUAUCUCAGAGCAACGCCGCCUCCACAAGGACAGUAUAAGUGUCAUCCUCUUAGUGUCAGUGAUGCAGUUCUCGUACACGACUGUGUUCGGUGCCUUCACGGCCUUUAUAUUCAUGAGAACUGGCCAUGUUGUGGGUCCAAUGUUGUGCCAUUCAUUCUGUAACAGUCAGGGCCUGCCUGACAUCAGCUCUGCCCUGCAACACCCUCAACGAUCAGCUCUACUCUUUUCAUAUCUGAUGGGGGUGCUGCUGUUUCUGGUGCUACUCUUCCCGCUGACGGACCCCUUCCUCUAUGGUUCCAUUCCCAUCUGCAGCCUGGCUGUACCUGCAGCAUCUGUAUGCUAG